CGUUACCCUCCAGCUACAAGGGUGGUCGCCGUCGUGACGUUAAACUCACCCCCUCGUGGACGAGUAUACCUGUUAAAAGGGGGUUGGUUGGUUAGAGGUCACUUGAUUUCUCUCAACACACUCAAGAUAUGAAUAAUAGUUGUGACAACAGUGUUUAGUCAACCGAAAUUAAGAGUGGUUAUUACAAUUAUUAUUCUUUUGUUUUAAUUUAGUGUAAGUUGUGAACUGCAACACGCGGGUUCUUUCGAAGGAAAGAAAAAUACUGCUUUAUCGAUGGGAUUUAUUCACGCAGUGGUUGUGAAGUUAUUAUAGUUCAAAAAGAAGGUUCUAGGCAAAAUUCCAUUAUAACCUGUUGCUGUAAUUGUCAGGUCGUCACCUUUUCUUCAGUAAUGAGGAGAUAGGGAAUCGGUUAGGACAUUGUUUAUGAACAUACAACACCAACUGAUUAUUCUACGGUGUAAAAAGUGUCAUAUUAGAAGUAGAAAAGUGUAAGAUUUUUACUAGUAACUGUUUAUGGUAGGGAUUAAAUGAAAAGAACACAAAUUUUCAAGUUACAUAAAAGAUAUAUAAAACGUUCUUAAAAGCUUUAUAGCUGAGUGAUUCAUAACUUAAUACACAACAGUCUGAGUUAUUGGUUUUGUGGUUUUAGCUUUCUUAUUUCAGUGACACAAUGUGGAAGUGACUGAUGUGAACCGUGGUUUAGCUUCAUACUAAUUCUCUGUAGAACUCAUCAUUAUGGUAUUUUUUUCGUUGACCUCCGAAACAUUACCUCCACCGCCAUCAACUGUUUCUGUGUCUGUUUACAGACUGACGUGACCUACUCCGAUGUCAUCAAUCACUACUGGUUAUAACACAUGUUCGUCUCAUAUGUCAUGGGUUGUCAGUAACUGUGAUUUCUAUUGUUGCUGUUGCUAUUUUCUUUGUUGGUUAGGGUUCAUACUUCUUUUCUUCUGCUUAUUGUUGCUAUUUCCACUUUCUCUUCUCGUCCUCGUGUCACAUGCAAUUGAUGAAAAUGAUCUGCGUCUUUUAGAUGACUCUUCUGUCAUAAAUGUUCCGAUAUUGAAUAUUUAUGAUCAACAAAUACACAUUAAUCUCAGUCUAUCUGACCAAUCCUCACAGUGAUCUGACGUGUUUCGACAUUGUUAGACAAGAAAUAAACAAUUAUUCACUUUUUACAUUAGUUCCGAUUACAGUUUAAAAAUACUAAAUUAUAAUAACUAUAUUUUAUCGCAAAGGAGUUUAAAAUUGCCCGAAAAUAUACUGCGGUAUGGCACUUGUUGAUACUCGUACCAAUAUAUUUUGAAAUACUGUUGAAGUACCUUUAUUGAUUUAAUAUUACUUUUGAAUUUGUCUGCGUUUUCAAAUGAUUAAUAGAGAACUAAACGUAUCUUAUGAAAUUAAUUUUACUUCCGAAAGAAUAAACCCUCAGUUGUGUUGUAUAGACAUCUGCAAGUAAAUACGUUGCAACGAACAUUCCGUGAAAGUCUUGAGAAGAAACUCACAAAUGAAGAUAUCUGUUAAAUCUUAAACUGACAUCAAGCAUGAAUAUUUUAGAGAGACGUUCAACUCCACGUGUCUAUUACAAAUGCUGUGCAAUGGCCGGUGACAAGUUUGUGAAGUCGUCUAAAUACUGAGUCCGAACAUGCAGCGAACUAUUCGGGUUAACGAGAAUCAGCUGCUUAAUCUCUCUGAGAAGGCCCACUACGACCACUCCUUGGCGGGCUACCUGCACAAGAGAGCCGCUGACAGCACCAAGUGGCAACCCCGCUGGUUCGUUCUGUAUCAGAACCUGCUGUUUUACUACGACUCUGAUUCAUGCAACCGGCCGUCAGGCGUUGUUUUGCUUGAAGGCUGCUACUGUGAGCGUCUCAUUACAACUGGCAGCGGAAGUGGCGGAAAGAAUAAAGAAGUUGCAGAUAAGCAGCAUUGUUUUGCGAUUUCUUAUCGGCGAGAAAACCAGCGCCAGUACGAACUUCGGGCCAUCACGGAGUCUGACUGCAAGACCUGGAUAGAAGCUAUUAGGGAAGCGAGUUUCAACAAGCUGCUUCUGCAGAAAGAGGAGCUAGAACAGAAGCAUCUGCAUCUGCUACAGAUCGUGGAGAGCGAGAAGACAGCAAAAUGGCAGUACACGCAACAGUGCGAAGAGCUGGCAUCGGAGAUCAAGAAACUUCGUGCCGAGCUGUGCGCGCUGAAGAAAGAGUGGCGACCCAUUGCGUCAUACAACACCAGCACGAGUCUGAACAGUGGUCUGAGCUUCCAGCCCAGUGCAGGGGGAACAGGGGCUUCCACAUCUACCAACUGCCAGGAGACCCUGGAGCUCCGGAAGAUCAAGAAGGUACAGAGUUUCUUCAGGGGAUGGCUGUGUCGCAGACGAUGGAAGCAGAUAGUGGAGCAGUACAUCAAAUCACCACACGCAGAGAGCAUGCGCAAAAGGAACAGCUUAGUAUUCCGAAUGGUGGAAGCAGAAGAAGAGUAUAUGGAGCAGCUGGAGGUUCUAGUAUCGUGUUUUCUAAGGCCUUUUAAAAUGGCUGCCAGUUCUAAGAAGCCGCCAUGUUCUCAUGAAGAUGUGAACUCCAUCUUCCUGAACAGCGAGACAGUUCUGUUUCUACAUCAGAUAUUCCUCAAAGGGCUCACAUCCCGUAUGGAGAGCUGGCCCACAUUGGUCCUAGGGGACCUGUUCGACAUGCUGCUGCCAAUGCUCAGUAUCUACCAGGAGUACGUGCGCAACCACCACUACAGUCUGCAGGUCCUGACGGAGUGCAAGCAGUCCACGCCGUUCGCCGUCUUGCUGGCGAGGCUAGAGAACAAACCGGCUUGUCAGGGACGCAGCCUCGAGACGUUCCUCACCUACCCCAUGCACCAGAUUCCGCGGUACAUCAUCACUCUGCACGAGCUUUUGGCUCACACCCCUCACGAUCACGUGGAGAGGAAGAGUCUGCAGAACGCGAGACAACAGCUGGAGGACCUGUCACGGCAGAUGCACGACGAGGUGAGCGAGACUGAGAACCUGAGGAAGAACUUGGCUGUGGAGAGGAUGAUUGUGGAAGGCUGUGACAUUCUACUGGACGUCAACCAGGUAUUCGUCCGACAGGGGAGCUUGAUCCAGAUCCCAUCUGAUAAGCCUCGAACAUCAAGAAGCAGAUUAACAAGUUUUAAGAGCGAAAAGGAAUCCCUGAGGCAGUGUUUUCUCUUCUCAAAUCAUCUCAUAUUAGCAACAAGGACCUCUGGAGGACGACUUCACCUUGUUCCUGAUAUUGGCAAAAUUCCUCUAGCUGAUGCACUACUCAUUGAGGAUCCAAGUGACCAUGGCGUGAAUGACGAUGAUGAGUCAUCUGUGUGUUCAAUGUCGAGUCAGUCAAGUGGGAUCAGUGAGACUUCAAGUGGCAGUUGUCACUUUCACAAUCGAGACUUUAAAAUCGUCAUUGAUAUGAAGACAGGGUGCCCCCAGAUGGUUGUACACCUAGUUUCACCCACCAUACAGGAGAAAGCUGCUUGGAUAAGUGACAUCAGCCAGUGUAUGGACAACGUUCACUUCAAUGAUUUGCUGCACAGCUCAAUGUCAGACACAUCGUCAGUUACCAUGCCGCAGUCCAUCAGAAAUGACCCGAAGUUGUACAAGGAUGAUGUGGAUAUUCGCUUCAGCCACACCCUCAACUCAUGCAAGGUGCCCCAAAUUCGAUACGCCACGCCAGAACGACUGCUGGAGAGGCUUACAGACCUACGAUUUCUCUCUAUUGAUUUUCUUAACACAUUCCUGUUAACAUACCGAGUAUUCACUGAUGGUGUAACAAUACUUGAGGCACUGAAGAAAGUUUUCUACAAUGCGGAUCCACCAGAAGCUCAGACAAGCACAGCAGGUUCAAUCAUGUCAUUGGAUGUCCUGUGUGUCCGAGAGGACCACAAUACUUUGCACCAGUAUGAUAGUGAACGGAGACGGAGCAGUGCAUCACCAAGAAGAACCAGUGGUGCUAGUUCUGUAUCAGGUUAUGGCUCAGAGAUGAGUGAUCGUGAUCGAAGUCAUAGUUAUGAUUCUCAAGCAUUUUCCAAGGGACACUGGCGAUGCGGUUUCCGCAAGUUUGAAGAGGAAUCAAGGGAAUUGGGAUUGAUAAAAGAAGGUCCACCAAUCAUCCAACAAAGUCCAUCGCACCAGCCUUCACCUUGCAUGUCACCAUUGAGCAUUUGUGUAGAACCAGAAGAUGAUGGGUGCCACCUCACCAUUCCAAAGACAAUUACUGUGUCUUCAAGUUCUGAGACUCUUACUGAUAUCACAGUUAUAAGUGCCCCAUCUUCACCAAGCAAUCUGAGUACUGUCACCCUCGUUGGUUCAAACAACUCUGAGAUGAGUCCUCAAGACAAUGAGACCUCACAUAUGGAAGUAGAAAUGGAGUCAGAGACUGACUUGGUAACAAAGCAGCAAAAGUACAUACGUGCAGAACCAGAAGUGAUGUCACCUGUUAUAAGAGAGAGUAGUGAAGAACAAACAAAGCCUUCCAGUAUGAGCGUGCAAUUCAGGAAUGACGAGAAGCGAGCAUCAGUUCCAAUCGUAGAAUCAGAGAGGCGACUGUCUCGUACUCAGGUAAAACGGAAAGGAUCUGAGGGACAGGCAAGAAGGGAGGGAUAUGAAGAGGAGAAGGGGAAACCAGAUGAUUUCCAUGUGUCUGAUGAAUUAUGCGCUGAAGGGCUUUCACAACCUGUAACUCAUGAACACAAAGCUGGCACUAGUUCCAGGUCAGCCUCCAUCACGACAACAAAUGUAAUCCAGUCCUAUUAUGCAAGUCGGAAGUCAAUUCAGGACUUAGAAGGUGGAGGAAGUAGCAUGUCUCAGAGGACAAGCUUUCAACAUGAUUCACCACAGAACUCUAGCAAAGCUGGUGUGGUCAUCACUUCGUUCCGGCAGUCACACAGAAGCAUCGGACAUGAACCCCUUUGGAGCAGUACAUCCAGUGCUGCAGCUGCAUUUGCUAUUGCAACAUCUGCUUCAAGCAACCCGCGAGACCACACUAUACCCACUAAACAACCUGUAGGUGCUGGAGGACGGUGCAGUGUAGGAGACGCAAGCAUGAGAGUGGGCAGCUGUCGAGACCGGAACAGAAGGAAGGAGUCUGUUAUGUCAACAGCUGCCACCAUGCGAGUGCUGAGUGUUCUCAGGCACUGGGUGUCAAAACAUGCUCAGGAUUUUGAAAUGGACCAGUGUUUGAAGAACCUGACCAUGGAAUUCCUUGAUGACAUAAUAUGCAGUCCAAAUUUGCUGCCAGCAGAACACAAAGCUGCAUCUCAGUUACUCCGCCUCAUCACAAAAGAAGAGUCAGAGAGCAGUAAAGUGGACCUUGAUCUCCUGUUGGCUCCUCCAAUGACACCAAGCAAGGAGAACAUAGAAACACUAUCAGCACUUGAAAUAGCCGAACAAAUGACCUACGUUGAUCACCAGAUAUUUGUGUCCAUAUCCAGUGAGGAGUUUCUUGGACAGGCAUGGAUGAAAACAGAUAAAGCCACUAAAGCUCCACACAUUAUUCUAAUGACAAAGCGUUUUAAUGAAGUCUCUCAGUUAGUGGUUUCAGAAAUAGUACGCCGCUCAAAUAUGGCCUCUCGCAUUGCUGCCAUUGAAAAAUGGGCUGCUGUAGCAGAUAUCUCAAGAUGUCUACAUAAUUUCAAUGGUGUUCUGCAGGUGUGUGCUGCCUUCACCAACAGUUCUGUCUUCAGGCUAAAGAAAACGUGGGAGAAAGUGUCAAAAACGACCAAACAGACUAUUGAGAAACUGCAGAAAAUAGUUUCAUCAGACGGACGUUUCCGAAACUUGCGUGAUUCUUUACGUCGUUGUGAUCCUCCAUGCAUACCAUAUCUGGGCAUGUACCUCACUGACCUCUCAUUUAUUGAAGAAGGAACACCGAACUUCACAGAAGAUGGGCUCCUCAACUUUUCAAAGAUGAGAAUGUGUCUUUCAGUUGUGACACAAGGAAGCCAUUACUUAUGAAACUACCAAGCGUUCAUAAAUCCAGAUAUACUUCUAGGUAAGUGAACAUCUGUUCAGACAUUGCUGACAUUCUCAUAUAAUUAAGCAUAUUCCCUCUUUAAAGGCCUAUCAAGUAGUAUGUAGCAGUUUACAAUCAUCAAUGUGAUAAUCCAUUUGUUUGUUUUAUAUAUAAAGUUAAAUCUUUGAUUGCACAUACAUGAAUCUCAAUUGACAGUGGAAAAGAAUUGAAGGCUUGUAUAUUGAAUAUGACAUUCUAAUACAGAAAUGAUCAGAAAUGUUAUAUAUAUUUUUUGUGAAGGAAAGUUUUGGAAGUACAGUAGCAUUUAAUGUUACAAAAGAAUGUAAUUGCUGGAUAUGUGUUUAUCAAAAUUACAUUUUGUUUAGAAUAUCAUGCCAAAGUAUUAUCACCUGUUGUACAUUAUAAUUGAAACUUCAUGUGUGAUUUCCAACAGAAAAUUGGAUUACAAAUUUUCUCUAAGCAAACAUAAAAUAUUUCAUAGUUUCAAGUAUAUUAUACACUUUCCAAACAUGUUGAAUAAUUUAUUUAAUAUUUUGUUAUAUGUUUUAUUAUUCAAACUAUUCCAAUCUUCAUUCAAGUUAAAUAUUUGGAACUGUGAAAUUUUCAGACUAAAGUUAUGUGGAGUGUACUUCCAAUUUUAACCAUGUUGUUGAAGACAAAAUGACACAUUGUUAGUAUCACCCUUUGUGAACUUGCAGUUACUGUGGAGAAUUUUGUGUUCUCCCUCCUUCUAAUAAAUGUUAUUCUUCUGUAGAAGUAUUGAAUAUUAACUUAAAACAGUUUAGCUCCUCCAACUGCAUCAUCCUGUCAUACAGUUCCACUAGAAACCAAGGUUGAGUAAACACCAUACUCUAAAUAUUACAUUAAAAGCUCAAUUAAAAUAGUAAUUUGGUCCAAAUACUAGCAGAGAAAUUGUAAACAGUGUGUAGGUCUCAACUAGUAAUUACAUAUUAUCACAGAAAUGUAUACGAAGACAGUAGUUACUGUUCAUCUAAUAAUUCUGGUCGUUUGAAUGUUUGACUGGGCAAGACAAUCUUCUUAAAUAAGUGUUUCAAUUUUUUAUGUGAUUGUACAAAAUGGACACACACAGAAAUAUAUAUAUAUAUAUAAGUUAGAAGAAAUACUGUUGUUUUACAUAGGAAGUACUUAAGAUAUGUAGAGAGAUUAUGAACAGUGUAUUAGGAUUAGGAUAUAUUGAGGAUUAAAUGGAUGGGUAAAAGUGUG